AUGACAAGGCAUGGGUACCACAAGAUUUUCCAAGUCGACGAAAAAGCUCCGCAAAAUGCCAGCUUUGUUUCUUAUGUUCUCUUUCAAUGGAUGAACAGUGUCUUCGAGACAGGCAAACAACGAGCGUUGGAGCAGAGUGAUUUUUUACCUCUUUCAGAAGAAAAUCGUACUUCAUUCCUAACCGAAAAGCUUCAAGAGUGCUGGAGGAAGGAAGAGAGAAAAUGCCAUGAAACUCGAGGACGACCAAAGCUUUGGAAAAGUGUCAUAAGAACAAUCUCUUUUAGGGAGCAAAUGAUCCUCAUUUAUAUGGGUUUUUAUCGCUCAUUCUUCCGUAUUCCCUCCCCUCUGCUCCUUGGAUAUCUACUUUCAGCGCUGAUGUUUUCUGAGCCACAGAAAAUACUUCUCUAUGGUUGUGCGCUCGCUCUUUUUUUCAGCGCUUUGAUGGAGAGAGUCACAGCCCAAAUGCUUAUGUACAGAUGUGAAUUAUUAGGAAUAACACUGAGUAGUGCACUAAAAGGUCUUGUUUAUCAUAAGACACUUUUACUAAGCAAAGACGCAUUGUUCCAGUACACAACUGGUAAAGUGAUUGACCUAGUUUCAAACGAUAUUCAGCGAUUGGAAGGAGAGGCUAUCAAGUGGAUAUUUCUGGGUUUCAUUUCACUCAUUGAGCUCCUCAUCGUACCUUUUUUAAUGGUGUAUUUUAUUGGCUGGCAGUCUCUCGUGGGAGUACUAUUUUUGUAUCUCCUCCUUCCAUAUUACCUCCUACUGUCCCGAGGGGGCGCUGUUCUGCGCUUGCGUACAGCAGCGGUCUCUGAUCAACGCCUCUCUCUCAUGAACCAGGUAGUUUCUGGGAUACGUUCUCUCAAAAUACAUGCCUGGGAAGAUGAAUACCGGCAACAAAUCAGGAGUACCCGAAGAAAAGAAAUUUCCAUUAUUCGAAAGAUGUGUGCAGUUCGCGCAGGUGUUUUGGCCCUAAGAUUCUCUUCAAUUUCCAUUGCAACACUGCUAUCAGUCAUUACCCUUCUGUUGACUGAAGAAACUCUUACACCAGUCAACGUUUUUAUGCUGAUUUCAUUCAACAACAUGCUUGUGAUAUGCAUUUGCUCUUACCUUGGGUUUGCCUUGUUAGAGGGAUAUGAAGCUUAUGCCUCGCUCGGUAGAAUUGAAGAAUUUCUCCUUUUGAAAAAUUUGCGCGUCAAUUCAAGCGAUUGUUCAAGCCGAAAAGAAACAGAAAGUGAAGCUGAAAACCCAUCUGAGAAGAAGAGGAAUUCAGAUUGUCACAAAAAACUGCGAGAUGUUUCCACUACGAAUGAAUUACAAGAUCAAACGAUUUUACGUGUGAGAAGUUUGGCGUACAAGCAAACGGAGCGACAAGACUCCUACAUUCUUCAGGGUAUCGAGUUUUGCGCACUUGCAAGUAGUUUAACAGUCAUCACCGGACCAGUUGGUUGUGGGAAAACUACUCUUCUAUCAGUGAUCGCUGGCGAAGUUUCAUGCACACACGGCCAAGUAUCCUGCCAAGGAACUUUAGUGUUUGUUCCCCAGACGGCUUGGGUAUUCUCUGGAACCAUACGAGACAACAUUUUUUUUGGUUUGUCAUACGAGGAGUCAAAAUACACCAGAGUAAUUGAAGCUUGCGCUCUGACUGACGACAUCCAGCAGCUUCCUGAUACUGAUCAAACAGGCGUCGGCGAACGCGGAGUUGUUUUGAGCGGUGGCCAGCGAGCUAGGGUAAGCUUAGCACGUGCAGUGUACGCUGAUGCAGAUGUGUACGUUCUGGAUGAUCCUCUAAGCGCCGUAGACUUCAAAGUUGGACAACAUAUAUUUGAAAAAUGUGUCAAAGAACUACUAGGCGAUAAAACUCGGAUGAUGACCUCUCAUCACGAAGAUCACAUGAAAGACGCUGAUGAAGUGAUCGUGUUGUGUAAGGGGCGUGUACUGGAGAAAGGAAGUUUCCUUGAGUUGCAAGACAAAGGAAUCCUUAAUAACACCAUUGACCCCCUCUACAAGAAGAUUUCAAAAGGAAGUUCAGGUGAGGAAUUUACAAUAGAGAAGGAAAUUGGAAAUCUUGAAGCUGCUGGCAACUUGAUUGGAACUGAAAAUCCAUCGAAAGAAAUCAGGAGUCUUCUUAUGCCGCAAGAAGAUCGCGAAAUCGGAGUAAUUUCUUCCAAGCUUUACUGGAACUAUUUCAGAAGCGGAAUGGAUACUUGGAUGAUUGUCGCAAUAAUCCUCUUCAUCAUAAUAGUCCAAGGAUUAUUGGCUGCUCCUGACGUGUACCUCUCGUUCUUGACAAAGCAACUCCCUCAACAUCAAAAACAUCGAUCAAACUUAAUAGUCUAUGGAUGUUUUGUUUGUGUAGCACUCAUACUUGCAUCGGCACGAACAUUUCUAUUACUCUCCUGCUUUUUACGAUGCUCUAAGCGUCUUCAUGACGAGAUGGUCGUCGCUAUUUUACAAGCUCCCGUUGUGUUCUUUGAUUCGAAUCCUGUGGGAAGAAUCCUCAAUCGAUUUUCUAGAGAUGUUGGCUGCUUGGACGAGCAGUUACCCAGAUCAUUUCAGUCGGCAGUCGAAACAGUUUUUCUUGUAUUUGCAUCAAUAAUUGUCCCGACUCUUACGAAUCCUUGGCUUGUUUUCGUUCUCAUACCGUUGAUAUUGGUAGCUAUAUACCUCUCCACGUAUUAUUUGAAGACAUCCCGGGAACUAAUGAGGCUAGCGUCCAUAUGUCGUAGUCCGGUGUUCGCUCACAUUUCGGAGACUCUUAAUGGACUGGACACGAUUCGAACCAGAGGGAGACAAAGCGAUUUUGUGGAGCAGUUUUAA